AUGGCGUGCGAAAAGCAACCGGAAGGGCGCAGCAGUUCGGAUCCGUCGAAUUUGAGGCUUUGGAAGGCGCUCCGAGAGAGAGGCGGCGCACUCCCAUCGCCGCCUAGCGCAGCAACUUUGAUAUCGUCGCGCUUUGACAUCCUACCACCUUCUUGUCACCUCACACUUCGAGAACUAUCGUCACCCAUUCGGCGUGUUGGCGCGAGCCGAAGGGCUAUUUGUACUGACCACGGCAUCCUGUCUUUAUGUCUAAAGAUGCCCGUCGGAUCGAUCCCCGCUAUCACCGGAAAGCUGCGCAAGCGACUUAUCCUUGACCUCACCGUCGCGCUUGGCGGUGGCACUGCCCUCGGCUACGGAUACUGGUACGGCGUUCACGUGCCCUCGGUCGCCCGCCGCGAUGCCUUCUACGCAAAGCUCCAGUCCGAGCGCUCCGAGUAA